GUCGCCUUUCAGGCCAGCCUGGGUCCCUUCGUAUCAGGCAGUCCGGCGCUCCACCUGGCUUCAGAACCAGCCCCCAGAUCACGUCUCCUCCAAGAGGCCUCCCCGACUAAGCGCCGAUUUCCCCCUGUAGACCGUCGGCUCGCCGGCAGGCUGUUAGCUCCUCCGAGCUCUGUCGGCUCUCCUGUAGACUGUCGGCUCCUUCUGUGAACUGUCAGCUCUCCCCUAGACUGUCUCCUCCUCCUCUAGACCGUCAGCUCUCCUGUGGACUGUCAGCUUCUUCUGAAGACCGUCAGCUCCUGUUGACCUGUCAGCUUCUCCUGUAGACCGUCAGCUCCUUCUUUAGACUCUCAGCUUCUCCUGUGGACCGUCAGCUCCUCCUGGGGACUGUCAGCUUCUUCCGAAGACCUUCAGCUUCUCCUGUAGACCGUCAGCUCUCCCGUGGACUGUCGGCUCCUUCUGAAGACCAUCGGCUCCCGUGGACCGUGAGCUUCUACUAUAGACUGUCAGCUCCUCCUGUAGACUGUCAUCUUCUUCUGAAGACCUUCAGCUUCUCCUGUAGACGGUCAGCCCCUUCUUUAGACUCUCAGCUUCUCCUGUGGACCGUCAGCUCUCCUGUAGACUGUCAGCCUCUUGUGAAGACCUUCAGCUUCUCCUGUAGACCGUCGGCUUCUCCUGUAGACCAUCAGCUCCUUCUUUAGACUCUCAGCUUCUCCUGUGGACCGUCAGCUCCUCCUGUAGACUGUCAGCUGCUUCUGAAGACCUUCAGCUUCUCCCUUAGACUGGCGGCUCCUUCCGAAGACCAUCGGCUCCUGUAGACUAGCUCCAUUUGGAGGGGAGAACCCUGAUCUCGGCUACUCGCUGCCCCGAAAGAAUGGACAAGGAGAGCGAUUCUACUGUCGGCGUGGCCGGCCAGGACCCGCUCCGGUUGAUGAAAACCCUACAGACCUUCUGGAUAAAGAAAGAGAUGCAGAAGUUCAAGGAGGAAGCCAGGCAGGGGUUCGCCACCCUGGAGGACCCGUUAGCCGGACUCCUGGACAUCUUGGAGAAGGGCCAGAGCUGCAAGGGGAAAGGCCACUCGCUGGACUAUUACAUCGCCCUGGAGUUGCAGCACUGGAUGAGGGAGCAUCCCGGGAUGGCACAGUCGGGCUUGAGGCUGAAGAAACUGCAGGCCCGGGUGUUCGGCAUCCUGGCGGACAGCCGGAGCGAUCUCUUCGACCCGCUCAUCCGGAUCUAUCGGCUCCACGAGGCCGACCGGGACUAUCUGCUCGGCCACGUCAGCCACCUUUACCACAACGGAAAAUACAAAGAGGCAAUCGUGCUGAGCACCAAGCUCAAGUUGCAGCCAGAUUUAGAUAUUGAGCAGAUGUGCAGCCCGCUGAUCCUCCAAGAUAAGAUGAACCUCGUCGAGGAUUACGUGUCGGGAAAUCCCGACCUCCAGGGCAAACUCUUACAGAUUCUGGACUCCUGGUGUCACCCCGGCUUCAACACGAGCGUCAUCGUAAGAGAGUAUCAAAGCCCUCUGUCCUCGAGAGUGGACAAGCUGAACCAGAAGACGCUGAGUAAAUUCGUCUUCCGCCUCCUGGAACAGUACGGUCUGGACCCGGAGCUCUGCCCGAACGUCAUAAACCAGCGACACCUGAGAUCCCUGAGAUACCUUUUCUACAAGAGGUUCGUGGAGAAAAGCAUGACUCGGGAGAACUGGACAGACCACAUCCAGAACACGGUGCGGGGCAACAUCUGGCUUCAAGAGCAGCUGAUUCAGCUCCUGGUCAGUUACUCCGAUAUAACCACGGCAGCCCUUUGGGCUCUGAAAUACCACCUCCCCGAUAAAUCACUCCCCAACGGAGUAGCGGAGGAGCGGCAGAAACUCAAGGACCGAGAGAGGGACCAAGUGGACGACUGCAGGAGGAAUGACCACGAAGAGGCCCGAAGGCAAGACUAUUACCAGCUGCCCAUUCCUCAGGAGAACAUUCACUUUCUCAAGUCCUGGGAGGAAGUGGCCGGGUGGAAGGAUGUGGUCCUGCAGGCCGGGCAGGUGGUGGGGAUCGACAUGGAGUGGAAGCCGUCCUUCGGAGCGGUCCGGAAGCCCCGGGUGUCCAUCCUGCAGAUGGCCGUGGAAGGGCACGUCUUCCUGUUGGACCUGCUGGAGGUCUCCAAGCCGGAAGACCGGCGCGGGGAGGAGGAGGAGAACGAGGCGUUCGCUCACUUCAUCCAAGAGCUCUAUCUGGACCCCUCCAUAACUAAACUAGGUUACGGGAUGUUGGGGGACCUGCGUAAUUUAGCGUCCUCGGGCCCCGCCCUCCGGGAUCUGGAUAAGCAGGUGCAAGGCGUACUGGACCUCUUCCAGAUAGAUAAGCAAUUGCAGAAACGUCCCGGUCAGCGGAAGAAGAGUUCCCGCCCGGUGGACGUCCUGGCCCAAGAUCCGGGCCCCGAGGCAAGAGGGGCCAAGCGGGCCGAGAAGGGAUUGAGCCUGCUGGUUCAACGCGUCCUGGGGAAACCUCUCGACAAAGCCGAGCAGCUGUCAGAUUGGGAGAGGCGACCCCUCCGACCGGCGCAGAUCCUCUACGCCGCUUCCGAUGCCUACUGCCUGUUGGAGGUCUAUCGGGCCCUGUGUGACGAUCCAGCCCGCUUCGGCCUCAGCGUGGACCUCAGGGAGGUGGUCAAGCUGAACACGGUCGCCCGAGGCCCCCGGCUCAUCGCCCGGCCGAACCGGCCGCCCUCGUCCACUCAAACCUUCCCGCCGCGGGACCCGCGGGGCGCGGACGAAGGGGGGCCUCCCGCGUCCCCGCCCGCCAUCUCCCCGCGAGAGUUCAGCGUGGUGUGCGACAACAUGCUCCAGGGAGUGGGCCGCUACCUCCGCUGCCUGGGAGUGGACGUCCUCAUGCUGGAGAACGGCGACGACCACAGGAAGGCGGCCGAGAUCGCGCGGCGAGAAGGAAGAGUUAUCUUAACCGCCGGAAUGCCGUUUCAGAAACUGAAGUCCCAGGUGCGAGAAGGACGAUGUUACGCGGUGAACUCCUCCAGCAAGGCCAAGGAGCAAACAGUGAGAGUCCUCAAACACUUCAACGUCCGCAUCUCCCUCUCCGACGUGUUCAGCCGCUGUCAGGUGUGCAACUGCGAUAAGUACUUGAAGAUCUCCAGGGAGAAGAUGAAGGAACUGAUGAAGCUCAGCGGCUACACGGCCGAGGAAGGCGGGCCGGGAAAAUGCGCCCGGUCCCGGGCGGGCCGCGGAAACGGGCCGGGGACUCCGCGUCCACCACCGGGCUGCCCGGCGGAAACCACGGGAAAAGAGGAUCGGGGCCCGGCCACGACGGAAGCCCCGGCCGACCGGCCUCCGAGCGACGGCGGCCACCGCAGCUGCCCCUGGUUGGAGGAGUCGGACCUGAACACCGAGUCGCUGACCCUUAGCAACGGGACGUCCCUGCAGGCCUGGGCCAUCCCCGAGGAACUUCUCCACCGGGAAGACUUGACACACUUCUACUGCUGCACGCGGUGUGGCAAGGUCUUCUGGGACGGCUCUCACUUCGGCCGGCUGGUCUCCCAGUUCCGGGAGAUCUUGUGAGGGAGGGGACGAGCAGAGGGUCGCUGGCGGUUGAGUCGAGGGGGCUCGGGUUGGCGGGCGUCCGUCUGCGGGGAGAGGAGGGCGUCGGUCGAAGCGCACGGGACCUCCGGGAGAGGGAUAAGAGAGCCGCCCCUCUGUCCCUCUAGUUGUUGCCCCGGGAGAAGCCGGAGAGGGAAAUUCGGUUUGGUUUCGGGUUUACACGUUGGACUUGAGGAUGGGGGCAAGUGUUGGAUUCACGGGGCGGGUGUUGAUGCUGUUUUUCAUAAGCCGUUCAUUAAAAUGGACACCUGGAAACUCUGAAAAUGUUA